AUGUCCGGCAACGUCCUCGCUCCCCGUGACGCUAACACUGCCAUUCCCGCUCCCACCGACGCCGAGAUGGCUACCAACACCAAGCCCAACAUAAUGAGCAUGGAGUACCAUCGCCAGGUCUUCCAGUCCAAAAUGAAGGAGGCUACUGAGAACAAGACCUACAUUUCGCCCUCGGACAAUAUCAUGAGCCCCUGCACUGCCAAGCUCAGCGCCUUUCGUAGCAAGCAGGUUGGGAAGGUCAAGCCCAAGUCGUUGUUCGCUCAAGCCUCGGCUAAGAGCCUGCAGGCCAGCGCCAACGGCGAAGAUGUCUUUGGUAGCAAACCAGCCGUUCCGAAGGCCAACUAA